AUGCGCAAUCUUAGGACCGUCGGGUUCACGUGCCAAAAUAAAGCAGAUGUCCUAGUCAACGACAUUUAUGUUGACAAAUAUUCCGGCGAUUUAUGGAUCGCUACGGAUUGUGGUCUUUUAAAUGCUAAGCAUGAUGGUGAAUCUGAAGUAUACUUUAAGGAUAAACGCUUUACGAAAAUUGCAUUCGCCAACCAUGCAUGCAUUUGCUUACUCUCUGGCACUUCCAUAAUGCUGUUACAGCUGCCUGACCAUAUUGUGUCCUGCGAAGAUUUUGAAGAAAACAUCCAGGACUGUGUAUUCUCUCCCGAUUUAUCCGUUGGUGUAAUACUCACUGAAAACUGCAAUAUAUUUCUUAUCAGCUCUGAAAUUGAAAUUGUCACUCAAAUUGAUCUUUCGUGUCUUAGCAAUGAAAAAACAAAAUUUGUUAAUGUAGGUUGGGGCAAAGAGGAAACGCAAUUUAAAGGACGUAAAAUAAAAGCUCCUAAUGUGGAUGAAGAGGAAGGAACAACAGAACCGACGUCUGUAAAUAUUCUUCCUGGUGAAAUAACGUGGCGAGAGGACAGUAAAUAUUUUGCUGUUUCGUGGACUGAUACUAAUAGUCCUCAAGCUCAUCGUCGGCUUCAUAUUUUUGACAGCAAUGGGACUCUUAAUUCGGUUGGAUCUGAAACUUCUGAAGUUGAAUCCGGUCUCUGUUGGAGGCCUCGUGUACAAUUAAUAGCCGCAAGCAAGCGUCUUUCUGGUAGACUUCUCAAAGUUGUUUUCUUCGAGCUUAAUGGUCUGCCACAUGGAGAAAUCGAUCUUCUUUAUGCUCCAGAAUGCGAUAAAUUCCGUGUAGGGAGAAUCGUGUUCGAUGCCGAAGAACAUAUUAUGGCUGUGCUUUUUCUUCCUCUUGAAUCAUCGGUUCUCCCAUUUGUGCGUCUAUAUACCACAUCCAACUAUCAUUGGAGCGUAAAAGGGGAGCUUUCUCCUCUUCCAACACCUUUACCCACCUCUCCCAUCGGUCGCAUUUCCCUUACAUUCGGAGGAGGAGGCGAUGUUGCUCAGACUUCUACUCUUCAUACUGCUGUUUCUCUUGGCAAAAAGGAGGGCAGCUAUAUCGCUUCCUUUGGGCUUGCCAGUUGUAUCGAUCGGUCCGCUUGGAUUCCAAAUUCCACCUCCCCCGAUCCGGCCAUUUUGGCAAAUAUAGAUGGCAAUAGUGUUGGUUUGACGGCCUUCGCUUUCACUAGUAUUCCACCUCCCAUGGCUGGUUCGACCAUCACUUUUCCCUUCACCGUCAGUGCUGUCACUAUCUCCCAGCCUAGAUUUCCCGAUAAUGCACACUCUGUUCUUGUUCAGCCUGCUUGCACUUCGGUUGAUAAAGCUCCAUGGUUCCUUACUCUCAAUACCGAUUGGAAGAAUAAAGCCAUUUUGAAAUCGGGCGACCAAGUACUAAAUCAAGAGAAAGGAAUGGCUGCAAAAAAUUGUACUCCGACAGUAACUGAAUUCUGCGUUCUGAGGUGA